AUGAUCCGCCAACUCCGGCAGCGCAUCUUCCCUCUUGUCCUCCACUCCCUAUCCCGCGCCCCCGGCCCCCACAUCUCCUCUCCCCUCGUCUCUCUCCGCAGCUACCUCUCCACCACCGCAUCCACCAUCUCCCCCAAACCCUUCGUCGUCGAGGACUAUCUCGUCGCCACCUGCGGCCUCUCCCGAGCCCAGGCCCUCAAGGCGUCCAAGAAGAUCUCCCACCUCAAGUCCCCCUCCAAGCCCGACGCCGUCCUCGCCUUCCUCGCCGGCCUCGGCAUCCCCCGCGCCGACGUCGCGAGACUCGUUGCCGGCGACCCGCGGUUCCUCUGCGCCAGAGUGGAGAGGACCCUCGCUCCCCGCGUCGCGGAGCUCAGCGACCUCGGUCUGUCGCGCUCUGAGAUCGCGCGCUUCAUCCCGGUCGCCAUUUAUUCCUUCCGCAGGUGCUCCCUCAGCCGGACGGUUAAUUUCUGGCUUCCGGUCUUUGGCUCCUUCGAUAAGUUGCUCGGAGGCCUCAGGAACAAUGCCGGUAUCUUCAGUGUCGACUUCGAGAAUGUGGCCAAGCCCAACCUCGACUUUCUCCAGCAGUGUGGGGUAAGUGCUUGUGAAAUUGCUGGUGCGAAUGUGUACUCCAGCCGACUGCUCACUAUGAAGCCCGAUUGUCUCCGUGAAGCUGCUAAGCGAGUGGAGGAGUUAGGCAUUAAGCGGAACUCACCAAUGUUCCGCCAUGCACUUUGUUUAGUCGCUUUCAUGAGCAAACAGGAUGUUGCUAAGAAAAUAGGGGUCUUAAAGACGCUUGGGUUUUCACAACACCAUGUGUCGAAGAUUGUGAGGAAAGCGCCACUUGUCUUGGGUGCAAGUGAGGACAGGAUUCGGAGAGUUGUAGAUUUCUGGAUGAGGGAUGUUGGCCUUGAGUUACAGUACAUUGCACAAAGGCCGGCACUGAUCAUGUAUAGCCUUGAGCGACGGUUAUUGCCCCGCCAUCGUCUGCUCAAUGUUCUCAGGGCAAAGCGUUUGCGGAAUCUUGAGUUAAAUUACUAUACAGCAGCAAUGGGUGAGAAGACUUUCGUGGAAAAGUUUGUGACUCCAUAUAAGGACAUUGUCCCAAGCCUUGCUGAAGAUUAUGGCUCUGGACAUUCCAGUAUGAGUGGGCUGCUUGUAAAGGAGUGUUAA